AAGUAUGCAGGCUGCGCACAAUCGCCAUUUCACCCUCCCUUGCUUUGCUGGACGCUGCAUAAUCGAGGCUGUUCUGGAGGACGCUCGUGUGAGUCUGGCACCUGAUGGAAUCCAUAUCUCGCAUUUCUAGCAUGCUGGAGACAGCCCGCGACCUCACCCUCGAAGCCGCUCGCGAUGCCAGCUCCGCGCGCAAGACGUCGUCGCGAAUGCUGCCCCAGGCCCAGCUAAAGAAGCUGCUGGAUAGCCGGUCUGAGCGAGAUGUGUUGGAGGGCUUGCGGAGGGUUGUCACUAUGUCCUCCCGACAACCUCCCUCCCAGACCCUCCCGUUCUUCACCUCCGUAAUUAAGAACAUCGCUUCUCCGUCCCUACCGGUCAAGAAGCUCGUCUACAUCUACCUCCUCCAACAUGCCGAACACGAGCCGGACACCGCGCUGCUAUCCAUUAACACUAUCCAGAAGUCUCUUACCGACUCCAAUCCUCAACUGCGUGCCCUCGCAUUACGCGUUAUGUCUGGAAUACGGGUGCCCGUCAUAAGCCAGAUUGUGAGCCUGGGCAUCAAACGGGGUGUGGGGGAUAUGUCUCCAUAUGUGAGACGAGCUGCUGCAUUGGCUAUACCCAAAUGCUACAGUUUGGACCCCAGUACCGAGCCCCAAUUACUGGAAUAUCUUUCGUUGCUAUUAGGAGAUAAGCAGUACUUCGUCACGGGGGCUGCGGUGGCUGCGUUUCUAGAAAUGUGUCCGAACCGCAUGGAUCUAAUACAUCCACACUACCGUUCCCUUAUCCGUAAGCUCGUCGAUAUGGAUGAAUGGGGGCAAUUAGCGACUCUACAUUUGAUGAUGACAUACGUACGGAAAUGCUUUCCUCGGCGGACAAAAAAGGUCAGGAAGCCCUUGGCCAAUGCUACUUCCAAUGCGAAAUCUACAAGGACCACCAAAGGAUUCUACGAUUCAGACAGCGAGUCUGACUCCUCCCAGGAUCAAGGGACGGAAGAUGUUGUGAUUUUGGACCCAGAUCUUGAGCUACUAUUGAAGGCAUGCCAACCGCUCCUCCACUCGCGCAACUCUGCAGUUGUAAUCGCCGUGGCAAGAACGUACCUUUAUCUUGGUACUCCUACCUUCCUUUCUACCGCCAUUGGACCUCUUAUAUCUCUCCUCCGCUCUGCCUCGGAUCUCCAGCACAUAGCGCUCUACAACAUCGUUCAAGUGUGUCUGGCCUACCCGGAGCCAUUUGUGAAAUACUAUACACAUUUCCUUGUCGGGUCAACUGAUGCUCCUCAUAUCUGGCGACUUAAACUAGAACUCUUAACGUUGAUCUUUCCCUACGCACCAGCUAGACUACAAAGUCUAAUAUUGGCGGAACUCAGCCACUUUUCGCACUCCGGAAGUCAAGAUCCAGGGUUAGUGAGAGAGGCAGUGAGGGCGAUUGGGCGCUGUGCGCAGAGCAGCGUUACGACUCCAAAGACUUCUGCGAGAUGCCUGCGACUACUACUUGCACACAUCGGAUCUGCAGAUGCACACCUGGUCGCCGAGAGCUUAGAAGUCAUCCGACAUCUGAUUCAGCGGGACCCGGACAAUCACCGCACAACAGUUGUUCGAUUGGCAAAACAUCUAGACGCUGCAACCAGUCCACAAGCUCGAGCAAGCAUCAUCUGGCUAGUCGGCGAAUUUGCAGGUCUAGACCCGGAGAACAACAUCGCAGCAGACGUAUUACGCAUUCUAGCAAAAGGCUUUGCAGACGAAGCGGAACCCGCGAAACUCCAAAUCGUGCUUUUAGCGGCAAAAGUCUACGUCCACCAUAUCAACGCCAAUCCACCUCCAGAACCACCCAAACCAGCAGAAUCAAAAUCAUCGCACUCACUACUAGACGAUUUCCAUGAAGAAGGCGGGUUCCGGGAUCUGCAUCUCGACUCCCCAGACCAGAGUACAAUGAAGGAACGAGAGAUACUGCACCCAACAGAGGCACUAUACCAAUACAUCCUCCUACUCACCCGCUACGACACUUCCUACGACCUCCGCGACCGUGCACGCGUCUACAAAGCCCUUCUAUCAACUCCUAGCUCCAUACAACUCGCCUCCCUACUCCUCUUAGCGCCGAAACCCGUGCCACAGACUCCGAGCCCGAGCGAAAUGCGAAAAGGUUACGUGCUCGGUAGCGCGAGUCUCGUUGUUGGACAAGAAGGCGGCGUUGGGGGGCUAAAAGGAUACGAAGAGCUCCCGCCGUGGGUGAAGGAAGGUGAGGAGCCGGACCCACGACUACGCGACGAGGUUGGGUUGACGGCGACUAAUGUAUAUGAGGCUGGUGGUGGGAGUAGGAGUAUUACCGCGAGUGAGAGGCUGGAUGCUGCGGCUUCGAGUAGGGUUCCCGAUCUUGCUGUGUCACCGGCAAGGAUUUUGAAUGGUGUAGGUGUUGGGGCUGGCGUUGGAGCAGCAAGUGCUGGAAAGGAAAAGACGCUGGAUGAGUGGCUGGAGGAGGGGGACGAUGAUGAUGAUGAGAGUGAGGAAGAGACAGAUGAGGAAGAUGAGAGUACAGAGGAGGAGACAGAGAGUGAGGGUGGGAGUGAAAAGGAUAGGUUGAUGAAAUAGAUGGAAAUUGAUACCAUGAGUACAUAUUUAUGAUCUCGGGUUG